UUUGCCGUGGCGACCAAAUGGUUUGGACCAAUCAAUUGGCGCGCUGGCGGUCGGAGCAACCUGAAGUGCGUCGCGAACGGCCGAGCGAACGAACGAUUGACGUCAUGGUCAGCUGAUCGCGCGAAGUUGCCCGCGGAUAGUUGUCAGUGUACUGUUGUUGUGUUCGGUUGUGCUGUGCUCUGGUAGUGACUUUCUCCGCAAUUUUCUCCUUUCGCGUUUCGGCUCUCAUUUUUCAACCACCCUCAUCGAAAUCUUCUCCGCCAGAUCGCCGUGACAAUUUUCGGGGAACUUUCUCCAUCGGUAGCUCCUUGGCUGGCUUGAGUGGCGAGAGGAUCUCGUCAUGGGUCUCGUGUGCUCAACGGCUCAGCUGGCAUGCUUGUGCGGAAGCACAGCUUGUAGUUUUUGUUGUUCCCAAUGCCCAUCAUGCAGAAACAGUACGAGCACUCGCAUCAUGUAUGCGUUGCUCUUGAUGUUGGGAACUAUUGCAGCCUGUAUUACUCUUGCUCCUGGUUUGCAGGAUGCACUUAAAAAGGUACCAUUCUGUGCAAACAGCAGUACCAGUUAUGUUCCAUCACAAAUUAGUUUUGACUGUAAUUCUGCAGUUGGUUACUUGGCAGUUUAUAGAAUAUGUUUCAUUCUUUCUUUGUACUUCUUCCUGAUGUCUGCAAUGAUGAUAAGAGUGAGAAGUUCGCGGGAUCCACGAGCAGCUAUACAAAAUGGAUUUUGGGCAAUCAAGUAUCUCCUGAUAAUCGGAGGCAUUAUCGGCGCCUUCUUCAUUCCAGAGAGAUCUUUUGGAGUUACUUGGAUGUAUUUUGGAAUGAUAGGAGGUUUCCUUUUUAUAAUCAUACAGCUGAUUUUGAUUGUCGACUUUGCUCAUUCUUGGGCUGAUGCAUGGGUAGGAAAUUAUGAAGAGUCCGAAUCAAAAGGAUGGUACGCCGCAUUACUAGGUGCAACAUUCUUCAAUUAUGUUGUCGCUAUCGUUGGGGUGGUGUUACUUUAUGUGUAUUUUACGCACGCAAGUAUAUGUGCUCUCAAUAAAUUUUUCAUCUCGUUUAAUUUGAUUUUGUGCGUUAUCACCAGCAUUAUAUCAAUUUUACCCAGCGUACAAGAACAUCAACCACGAUCUGGUCUUCUUCAAUCCUCCGUAGUAACGUUAUAUGUGGUAUACUUGACAUGGAGUGGUAUAUCAAACAGUCCAGACUAUGAGUGUAAUCCUGGUUUCUUCGGUAUCAUUUCUGGUAAUGAUGUUAACCGAGUCGCAUUUGAUAAGGAAAGCAUAAUCGGUCUUAUAAUCUGGUUCAGCUGCGUCCUCUAUAGUUCAUUACGUACAGCAUCUAAAUCAUCGAAGAUUACGAUGUCCGAGAAUGUCUUAGUCCAAGACAAUGGGGCUGUCAGGAAUGCGGGAGAGCAGUCUCUUAUCGGCAAUGAAGAUUAUACUAAAGUAGAAGGACGUAAUCCCGAUGCUGAGGAUGGAAGCGAUGCCAAAGUCUGGGAUAAUGAAGAAGAGAAAGUGGCAUAUAAUUGGAGUUUCUUCCACCUCAUGUUCGCUCUCGCUACUUUGUACGUUAUGAUGACACUUACAAAUUGGUACAGACCCAACUCCAAUCUAGAGACUUUGAAUUCGAGCGCCGCGUCAAUGUGGGUGAAAAUUAUUUCUUCAUGGAUGUGUUUGGGCCUUUACGUGUGGUCAUUGGUAGCACCUGCUGUCUUCCCGAAUAGAGAUUUCUCUUAAAUCUCUGGAUUUUAUCAUGAGCAAAGACUCAGCAAACUGUAAAACAGAACAG